UUGAUAUUUUGAAAAAAAAAUUAAAAUUUUUCAAAUUUUGCUAAUAAAAUAGUAAAACUAGUAUUUCGUGUAUGAAAAAAUUUGGAUCUCUUGUGAGCGUUCCUCAGUCCAACUUCUACAGUUUCCAGCAGCUACAGAUUCCUCGUCUCUCAUCUUCAACUCGGAUGGCAUCUUCGAAGUGAAAAACUCCUCUCAAAAUGUCCACAAUUCACCUAAGCUUGCUAAGAAAGCUGAACGAAUUCCGUAAAACUGGAGAAUUCUGCGAUAUCCGUUUGAAAGUUGGAAACAGAUACUUCGAUUGCCACAAGGUGAUCUUAGCUUCAGCUACGAACUUCUUCCAAACUCUGUUCAAAUCAUCGUAUCGCGAAUGUAACCAGAAAGUCGUCGAGUUACGCGACGUAGACGAAAACGUAUUCGAAAUCCUGCUAAAUUUCAUAUAUUGUGGCGAGCUAAACGUUCUGGAUAAAGACGUAGUCCACGUAUUAGCAGCCUGCGUUUACUUCCAGCUAAAGGAAGGUGAAGACAUAUGCAUCAACUUGAUCAAGUAUAAACUACACGCCAUCAAUGUAUUCGAACUGUUUUCAUUACCAUGUCUAAAGUGCAGACACGACGUUUACGAUACAGUCAAAAAAUAUAUUUGUAAACGUUUCUCGGUAUUAGCCAGCUCCGACGAGUUCUACGUGUUACCAUUUGAACAGCUCAAAGAAAUAUUACUAGCUGCUGAGCUGACAGUGUACGAUAUCAAAGAUCUGAUUGAUUGUUGCAUUAGAUGGAUAUGUUUCGACGUAGAUAACAGAAUAGCGCAUCUAGUAGAGAUGACAAAACUGGUGAAUAUCAACUUCAAACCUCCCGAAGGAUUAUUAGGAUUAACUUCGAACAUAAGGAAUGUCUCGGGUAAAGAAAAAUGUCUAGAGUUGUUAUUCAACGGCGUCCUGUACACUGAGCAAGAAUACCCUCGAGCUAUUCCAUCCAACGAACCUUUAUUCAUAUCGAAAAAAUACGACAUCGAUAACCCAUACUUGAUCAAAUUCCAAUGCGGUAGCUGGAUCCAAAUGGACGAUCUACGAUUCGUACGAGCUCUAGGAUCCGAUCUAUUCGCCGAAGCUACUCUACUCAAUCAAAACUUAUACCUUUCUUGCGGUUUAUUUAAUAAUAUUUCCGUUCUGAAUGCCAGCGAAAGAGCAGCUAUCGGAAUCACUGAAUCGUCCGGUGUUCCAUUUUACACUUGUAAUUUGGAAACGAAAAAAUGGCAAUUGCUGUAUCCUUCGAGUUGCAUUUCCAACGACUUGAUACCCUGUAAUUCGAAAAUCUACCUUUAUAACGAGUUAUCCACCGAUUACCAAUUCUUCUCGUAUUUGCCUCAUUUGAACCGAUGGCUGACUAUACCUUCUAUGAACGUGCCUCGUUCCAAAGCAGGAGUAGCCAGCGAUGGACGUUUCGUUUACGUUAUCGGUGGUAAACCGAACAUCGAACCUACUCCUUGCAAUAUCAUCGAGUUCUACGAUGACCGAUGUAAAAAUUGGCAAACCCUUGUACCGAACAAGAAACUACGUAUGAAUUUAUUCAGAAAUCGAUACACGAAGAAGGUAUGCUUUCUAGACGGGUUUUUGUACGCGUUCAGUCGUCGAUCUAUGGAAGUAUUCGAUCAAAGAGCCAAUAAAUGGAGAACCAUUAACGAUAUUCCUGAAGUAAUCUAUAAUCAUUGUUCAGCCAAAAGAAGCUAUCUGAUACCGGUGCAUCGGGAAUUAUGGUAUAUUAGCUGUCAGCAAAAUAUAUACAGUUAUGAUCCUCGUAUGAAUGUGUGGAACGAUGGACCAGACGGUGGUGGGUAUUACUUGAAACCUGUGCAGAUUAUUCGUUAAUGGAUUGAAUACUCCUGGAGAUUGGUAGCAGAUAUUGUCGUUCGAGUGUUGUCGGUUUCAUUAUUAUUGGCUUCUGUGUGUUCUUCGCUUUGUAUACUAUUUUUUUUCACUCGAAUGCUCAAUGAUUAUUCGUGUAAAGGGUUUAGUGCUUGGAUGACUGCGUAUAGUUUGAGCUAUUUCGAAAAAGUGGUGGAGUAAUUUUUGAGCUGGAGAUCUCGUAUUUGAUUUCGUUGCCUUAAAGGCGUCAUCAUUGGUUACCUUACCUUGCACUUUCAAAUUUAUUCUAAUUUGGGUCCAAUAAGAAUUUUUUUAAAUUGAUUUUUCGAAAGUAGGUGCGUAUUUAGAGAUGAGUAAAUUAUACUCGUUGAAAUGAAGUGUGGUAAAAUACUUGUUUAGUAAACGUUUUUGUAAUAUUGUUUAUUGAAUUAGUAAUGUACUGUAUAGGUAGGGGACAGGGGUUCUACAUGUCUCAUUUUAUUAGUCAAGGUAUAUUUAAUGCUUCAUCUCAUUAUUAUUUCUUCGUGUGUUAUCUCCAAUUUUUUUUUGUCUCGUUUUACUUCGUUACCAUUUCUUAAACGCUUGUUCAUUUUGUUCCUAUUUUAUUUUCGAAUAUUUAUUGUUUCUCAUACCUAUAGUUACCCUGCAUUAUUUUCUAAAGUAACUUAUCUAGUCGUUGUUCCUUUUUUUGUUAUUUUAAUUUUAAUUUUUUAUGCGUUUUUUUGCAUUUCAUUUUAUCGUCUGAUUGUUCUUCUUUUUUCGAAAAUUAAUAAUCGUACUUGUGAAGCUAUUUUCUGGAGUUUUUAUGAUUUAUGCUAGCAUUAGGAUCGAGAUUUUGAAAAAAAACCAAACAAUAUGUUUAGCUAUAGUUUUAUCUUAUAGGUAUACAUAAUAUGUUUAGAAAUAUACUUACAAUUACUAUGCUUGUCUCGCGCUUUCAAAAUAUCUAGAUUAUACAAUAUAUGUUCGUUCAUUUCUGAAUUGUAUAAUAAUAAAAAAAUUAUCGUGAAAAUCGAAUAAACGCAACUGAAAUAUCA